GGCGGGCGGCGGGUGCUUGGGAGUCAGCGCCUGUUUCGUAGACCACUUUUGAUGGCUGUGUAGCUGGUCAGCGAGAAGGUUGGAGGGGCUGAAGGGACCAAGCUAGACGAUGACUUCAAGGAAAUGGAAAAGAAAGUGGACCUGACCAGCAAGGCAGUCACAGAGGUGUUGACCAGAACAAUCGAGUACCUCCAGCCGAACCCAGCUUCCAGAGCCAAGCUAACCAUGCUGAACACCAUGUCGAAGAUCCGCGGGCAGGUGAAGAGCCCCGGCUACCCGCAGUCGGAAGGGCUGCUGGGGGAGUGCAUGAUCCGCUACGGCAAGGAGCUGGGCGAUGACUCCAACUUCGGAGAUGCGCUUCUCGAUGCCGGCGAAUCUAUGAAGCGGUUGGCCGAAGUGAAGGACUCGCUGGAUAUUGAAGUCAAACAAAAUUUUAUUGAUCCCCUCCAGAACCUGUGUGACAAAGAUCUGAAAGAGAUCCAGCACCAUCUCAAGAAGCUGGAAGGCAGACGCUUGGACUUUGACUACAAGAAGAAGCGCCAGGGCAAAAUCCCCGAUGAGGAACUUCGACAGGCCAUGGAGAAAUUUGAAGAGUCCAAGGAAGUCGCAGAGACCAGCAUGCACAACCUCCUAGAAACCGAUAUCGAGCAGGUGAGCCAGCUCUCCGCUUUGGUGGAUGCCCAGCUGGACUACCACCGGCAGGCUGUGCAGAUCCUGGAUGAGCUCGCCGAAAAGCUCAAGCGCAGAAUGAGGGAGGCGUCCUCGCGUCCCAGGCGGGAAUACAAGCCCAAACCCCGGGAGACGUACGACUUCGACAGCGACCAAUCUAACGGGGGGUUCUCCUGCAAUCCUCCCCCCAAAGUCUCAGCUUACUCCUCUUUCCGAUCCGACAAGCCGUCCCGAUCCUCCGUCAGGAGUAUCCCCCCCCUGGACCAGCCCUGCUGCAAGGCUCUGUAUGACUUCGAACCCGAAAACGACGGCGAGCUGGGCUUCAAGGAAGGCGACAUCAUCACCCUGACGAACCAGAUCGACGAGAACUGGUACGAGGGCAUGAUCCACGGCCAGUCCGGCUUCUUCCCCCUCAACUACGUGGAAGUGCUGGUUCCGCUACCUCAGUGAAACGGCAUCGCUCCCGUCCCCCCUCC